GGAUAUACCAUUUCAGCUGUAGCAAGAUUGAAUUUAUUUGUGACUACAUAAUUCAGUUUACCUUAUUUCAGCUGUAUUUGCUACAUUUGCUAGCUGUAUUUGCUAGCUGUAUUUAUACAGGUUGAAUCUUUCAACUGUAGCAUGAUUAGCUGUAUUUGCUAGCUGUAUUUAUACAGGUUGAAUCUUUCAACUGUAGCAUGAUUAGCUGUAGCAAGAUUGAAUUUAUACAUGUUGAAUCUAUAUUUGCUAGCCAUCGUGUGGCGAUACUUCCUUAUGUCAUACUACAUAGUUCAGUUUACCUUAUUCAAUUUCUCAUGACUUAAAGAAAUCUGCACAUUAACUUGAUUCAUAACUUAUUCAGUUUCUUACCAAUCUUCUCUUCUUGUUUCUCUUGCAGGUAUUUAAUUCUCUCUUUACACAUAUCUUGGUCUUUAAUUCUCUCAUCACCAGCGUAAGGUAACAAUCUAAUCUGUUAUGUUUAUUUUCAUCUUUUUUUCUGUAUUGUUUCUUGUCUAUUCUCUAUUGGGCUGGGUCUAUUCUGUAUUUUUUAGCUAGACUGUAAAUUAUGCAUAUGCAAUCAUGUGUAUGUCUUUUUAUAUAUUAAAGCUCUCUGAACUUCAUGUAGAUGGAUGCUAAUGAAAUAAGAAGAUCUUUAAUUAUUAAAGCUGUUGCUCUAGCCGCCGCUACAUUUUAUUAUAUUCUGAUUGUGAGGAGGAAGAUGAAAAGGAAACUGAUUUCGUAUGCCCCAAUGAUUGAUAUGGAAAUGAAACGAAAUGACUACCUUUCUAGUAUUUACCAUAAAGAUGAUACGAGUUGUUUGCGCAUGCUAAGAUUGAGGAGAGCACCAUUCUUUUUAUUGUGUGAUACACUGAAACAAAGAAGCCUUCUUUCUGAUAGUAUCCAUUGUUGUGUUGAGGAACAAGUAGCAAUGUUCCUUCACACAAUUGGUCACAACGAGAGGAAUGCUGUUGUAGGAAAAAAUUUCAAGAGAUCAGGGGAAACUGUCAGUCGCUACUUUAAGUUAGUACUUCGUGCUAUCGGUGAACUUCGUGAUGACCUUAUUAGGCCUUCAUCUCUUGAAACUUCAGUCAAAAUCCUUGGAAAUCCUCGAUGGUAUCCUUACUUUGAGAAUUGUAUUGGCGCAAUUGAUGGUACACACAUACGAGCUAGUGUCCCCAAGUCUCGUGAGGCAGCUUUUCGAGGUAGAAAGAGUUUCACAACCCAAAAUGUGAUGGCCGCGGUAGACUUUGACCUUCACUUCACAUAUGUGCUAGCUGGUUGGGAGGGUUCGGCACAUGAUGCCGUCGUUCUAGCUGAUGCCUUACAAAGGCAGAAUGGUCUCGUUGUACCUGAAGGAAAAUAUUACCUAGUUGACUGCGGUUAUGGUGCAAAGCCAGGGUUCUUACCACCUUUUCGUGGUGUCCGAUACCACUUAAAAGAGUGGGGUAAUGAUAACAGGCCAGAAAAUGAGAAGGAAUUAUUUAAUUUAAGGCAUUCACAACUACGGGUUACUGUUGAGCGUGCCUUUGGAUCCCUGAAGAACCGUUUUAAGUUUCUUGAUGAUGCUUGACCUUUCUUUCCUUUGAAAACACAAGUAGAUGUUGUUCUUGCAUGUUGCAUCCUCCACAAUUGGAUAUUAUCGCACGGGGCAGAUUGUUUUCUCCCACCUGAGGAAGCAUGGACAACAAACCAACCUUCUAGUUCAACAAGUUCCCAUCAGGAGCAAGUACAAGAAAACAGACAAUGGGUUCAGUGGAGGCAGCAACUUGCAAAUUGGAUGUGGGAAACUAGAGCAGCUUCCCAUGUACAAGAAAAUUAGAUCAUAAAUUGAAAAGUGGCAUCAUUCUUUGGAUGUGAGA